UAGGUAAUUUCCGAGGACAGUCACCAGUCUAAAAUCAAUUGUGAAGAUGACCAAUGACUUGAGACCAUGACGAAACAAAAAGUAGACUCUCUUUAUCAAAGAACAAGAAAGUGGGAGAUUUCAGCUGUAUUAAAGGGGGCAAAAAUAACUUCCAUGACUCCAUUAGCUGCUCUCUUCGCUCCUUUUUGGGUGCAACAUCUAGAAGAUUUGAUUCUAGUCUCCGAACAUGAGUUUAAUCUCUUGAAAAUCUGAGAUCUGGUUUCUUCUUGAAAGAGUUUUCUCCUAUUUAGGGUUUAAUCUAGUUUGUCAAGGAUCAGCAAUGUCAUAAAGAGUGGACGUGAAUAAAAUUGCAGGCUUGAUGGAGAUAUCAUUAACAAAUGUAGUUCUCAACAGCAUCUCUUCUUUCUUUGAUUUAUCGUCUCAUGACAACAUAACUCAUGAGCCAGCUCUGAAAUAUUACCGAAAAGUUGAAGAGAUAUUGAAGUUGUUAAAACCAGUGCUUGAUGCUGUUUUUGAUGCUGGCAUAGCAUCUGAAGAACUGCUCCAAAAAGCAUUUGCAGAGCUGGGUCAUUCUGUCAGUGAGCUAAAGGAACUAUUUGGAAACUUGCAUCCAUUGACGAGUAAAAUCUAUUUUGUUGUGCAAGUUGAAACAUUGAUAUCAAAGAUUCAGGCUUCUGUUGUCGGAAUUUUCGAGUGGCUGAAAUCUUUUGAUGGUCUCCCUCUUGAAUUGGAUGCAUCAUCUCUUGAGAAAAUCAAACAAAUUGGUCUGGAGCAAACAUCAGCUAUUAUCAGUCAAGCCAUUAGCGAGCAAGUGGAUGGCUCUGGACCCAGCUCAGAGAGUUUGGCAAAAUUUGAAGAUCAUCUGAGCUUAAGGUCAAACCAGGAGCUACUGAUAGAAGCUGUGGCCCUUGAAAAGUUGAAGGAGAAUGCGGAGCAAGCUGAAGAGAAUAGAGAAGCAGACUAUUUUGAUCAAAUGAUUGCUCUUGUUACCCACAUGCACGAGGGCCUUGUUAAGGUCAAACAAUCUGAGAGCUCUAACCCUAUUCCGGCACCUGCUGAUUUCUGCUGCCCUCUUUCACUUGAGCUGAUGACGGAUCCAGUAAUUGUGGCUUCAGGACAAACCUAUGAGCGAGGUUUUAUCAAAAAUUGGAUUGAUCUUGGGCUCACUGUUUGCCCUAAGACACGGCAAACUAUGGCCCACACAAAUCUUAUUCCCAAUUACACCGUAAAGGCACUAAUUGCGAACUGGUGUGAAACAAAUAAUGUAAAGCUACCUGACCCCACGAGGGCCAUAAACUUUAACCACCCUUCUUCAACUGUGUAUGACGAGAAGAUAGCCUCGAAGGAUGCAUAUAUCCUUCCUCAUUCAAGAAGCAGCAAACCUGAGUCAACUCGGGCUAAUGGUUCACCUGGAAAUAAUCUAAUUUCAUCCGGUGGAGUUCAUUGCAAAGGAACUUCUUCAUCACAUCCUCAUACUUCUGCAGAGGGUUCCCUGCCAACCCUGCCUGUUAUUGCUGGAAAUGGGCAUGCUUUUAACUCAGGAGAGCAAAGUGUGGCGUCAAGCCAGGACUCUGUUUCAUCUUCAAGAACAGAAGUUUGUAGUGCUGGAGGAGAUAAUGAGCAGUUAGCUCAAUGCCACUAUCGAAGUGCCUCAGUCUCCAGCAUGCUUUCCGGUGCAAAUAUCUCACAAGGUAUGUUGGAUAAUGGCAACGAGGUAUCGUCACAGGUCACAGCCUACAAUAGUGAUACUUCUGGAGAGCUAACAUCGUUAGAGCAACAAGUUACUACUACUACUACUACUUCUACCUCAACCUCCCCAAAGAGAGAACCAAAGUUUCCUCGGAGAUUAGAAACGAGAUCUAGAAGCCAAACAAUGUGGCGCCGUCCUUCCAAUGGGUUUGUUCCGAAGAUAGUUUUGUCUUCUGCCAUUGAACCAAGGGCGGAUCUUUCUGGGGUUGAAGCCCAAGUCAGGAAUCUUGUUGAGGACUUAAAGGGAACUUCAUUUGAAGUGAAAAGAACUGCCACAGCUGAACUUAGGCUUCUUGCGAAGCAUAACACGGAUAACCGAAUUGUGAUCGCUAAAUCUGGAGCCAUCGACUUGUUGGUUGAUCUCCUCCGUUCAACCGACGUUAAGAUUCAAGAAGAAUCCGUUACUGCCCUCCUCAAUUUAUCGAUUAAUGAUAACAACAAAACCGCAAUUGCCAACGCGAAUGCGAUUGAACCUCUAAUUCAUGUCCUAGAGACAGGUACCCCAGAGGCUAAGGAGAACUCAGCUGCUACUCUUUUUAGCCUCUCAGUUAUUGAGGAUAACAAGAUUAGAAUUGGAAGGUCUGGGGCGAUAAAGCCUCUGGUUGAGUUACUGGGAAAUGGGUCACCUAGGGGGAAGAAAGAUGCAUCCACUGCUUUGUUUAAUUUGUCAAUAUUUCACGAAAACAAGCCUCGGAUUGUGGAGGCUGGAGCUGUGAAGUACCUUGUGGAAUUGAUGGACCCUGCGGCUGGGAUGGUUGAUAAGGCGGUUGCUGUUUUGGCAAACCUUGCCACUAUUCCGGAGGGAAGGACUGCUAUUGGUCAAGAGGGAGGGAUUCCAGUUCUUGUUGAGGUUGUUGAGUUGGGCUCCACUAGAGGGAAGGAGCAUGCGGCUGCUGCUCUUCUUCAGCUUUGCAUAACCAGUAACAAAUUCUGUAGCGUGGUCCUUAAGGAAGGAGCUGUUCCCCCUUUGGUUGCUUUGUCUCAGACAGGCACCUCACGAGCAAAAGAAAAGGCUCAGGCAUUACUUAGCUGCUUCAGGAACCAGCGUCAGGGAAAUAAUGCUGGGCGGGGCUGAACAAAAAAAGACCUUUGGAUGUGACCAAAAUUUGGUGGUAAGAUUCCAUGUAGCGUGUAAAUCUGAUGGUGCAAGUAAUGGAUAUGGAACUUGUAUUUAUUGAAUGGCUCUUAAUUCCGGAAGAAAUAGAAAACGGAAAACCAAGAUAUUGAUUUAUGGAGGGUUGAGUUAUUCCUCUCAUGAUUAUAUCAUAUAGUAAAUUAAUGUGACUCUGAGCAUUUUCUUCUCUCUUUUUUCCCCAAUACCUGCAAAUUUAGUUGUUGAGCCUCUUGUAAUUUGAUUUCCGGCCACAUAUUACAGAUGAAUUAUAGUUUUAAUAUAUGAAUGUUGAAACUAUUUCUUCUU